UACUUGUUUUCAGUCGUUGAUUAAAGGCUUAACUGAAAACACACAGUAAUGAGAAACGGUCUCUCAACAAGCAUUAAAUAAAUUUUUGCACACUUUUUAAGCAACUCAUACAAUAUGGCUAAUACAGAUAUACCAGCUUGGAUUGAGGUCAAGUUAUUUGAAAACGUUUUACGUGAAACCGUAAAAGAUUUUCAAGAAAUAAAAGAAUUUAAAGUUUUUCCCGCCUUGGCUCCCGGUGAAAAUUAUGCCACUGUCAUGCUUAAAGUACAAACCGAUGUUCUUCUUACAAAUGGUUGUCAACAUCGUCAAACAUUUAUGUUGAAAGUGGCCCAUGAUACAGAACUGUAUCGCAAUGAAAUGGCCAAAUGGGAAAUGUUUAUCUCAGAGUCUGGUAUGUAUCGUGAAAUUAAACCGGAAUUUGAAAAACUCUAUGCUGAUGCCGGUCUAGAUGUACAGUUUGGCGCCAAAGGUUAUAAGCUACCAGUCGAUAUGGAAUAUAUUUUGUUGGAAGAUUUAUCGAUGAGAGGUUUCAGAAAUGCCAAUAGACAAGAUUGCCUAGAUAUGGAUCAUUGUAAGGCCGUAUUAAAGAAAAUAGCCCAAUUCCAUGCUGCCUCCGCCGUAAGAGUUGAACAAAAGGGCAUGUUUGAAAAGCCCUAUUUAUGUGGAUUUUUAAUGGAGGAAAGCAAAAAUUUCAUGAAAACCAUGUUCGAUAGCUCUACACCACAUCUAAUGAGAACUGUAGAAAAGUUAGAAAAUCAUCAUGAACAUCACGAACAAUUAAAAUAUGUAUCAAACCAUGUAACCGAUAUCAUGUUCGAACAGUGUCUAGUAGAUGAAAGUGAAUUUAAUGUUUUAAAUCAUGGUGACUGUUGGGCCAACAAUAUAAUGUUUCAAUAUGACACAGAUGGAAAGUUAAAGGAAACCUAUUUGGUGGAUUUACAAAUGCCACGUUAUGGUUCUCCAGCCCAAGAUCUUAUGUAUUUUAUAAUGUCGUCGGCUCACAUAGAUAUAAAAGUUCAGCAAUUUGAUUACAUGAUAAAGUAUUAUUACGAUAAUUUAAUUCAUCAUCUACAAUUAUUAAAAUACACAAAACCUCUGCCCAAAUUACGUGAUAUACACACAGCUUUAAUUAAGUAUGGAAUAUGGGGUUUUGUCACUGUUACAACUGUUAUGGGUGCAGUUUUAUGCGAUCCUACCGAUACAGCUAAUCUGGAUAAUUUUGUAGGAGAUUCAGCAGAGGGUGAUAAAUUUAAGGAAAUUUUGUUUUCAAAUAAUCGUUAUGUUCAGCAUUUGAAAGUUGUGUUGCCAUGGUUGUGUUACAGAGGAGCUUUUCAAUAAUGAAUAAUAAAAAAAUGAGUUUAUAAACAAAAAGUA